AUGAGUGACCAACAGUUGGAUUGUGCCCUCGACUUGAUGCGUCGCCUUCCUCCUCAGAAAUGUGAAAAAAAUCUUGAAGAUUUAAUUGAUUUAGUUCCAUCUUUAUGCAACGAUUUGCUCGGAACUGUUGAUCAACCAUUGAAGGUUGCCAAGGAUAAGGAAACAGGCAAGGAAUAUUUAAUGUGUGAUUACAACAGAGAUGGAGAUAGCUACAGAUCCCCAUGGACAAAUACAUUCGAUCCUCCAGUUGAAGACCCCCAGUUGCCCACUGAAAAACUGCGCAAACUGGAAAUAGAGGCUAAUGCUGCCUUUGCUAGUUAUCGUGAUAUGUACUUCGAGGGAGGUGUUUCCUCCGUUUAUUUCUGGGAUUUGGACCACGGAUUUGCUGGUGUUGUCCUCAUCAAGAAGCAAGGUGAUGGAGCCAAGAACAUUCAAGGAUGUUGGGAUUCCAUUCACGUCAUUGAAAUUGUUGAAAGAGGAAGUCGCCAAGCUCACUACAAGCUUACAAGCACUCUCAUGCUAUGGCUUCAAACAAAUAAGCCUGGUAGCGGUACCAUGAACCUUGGUGGUUCUUUGACUCGUCAAGUGGAACAAGAUUGUCCUUUGAAUGAGCAAAAUCCACAUCUUGUAAAUAUUGGUCGUAUGAUUGAGGAUCUCGAAUCUAAGAUGAGAUCAACUAUCAAUGAGAUUUACUUCGGAAAAACGAAGAAGGUCUUGAGCGAUUUACGCUCGAUAGAGAAAGCUUCUGAGAAAGAAAAGCAGGAUGGAAUUGUUAGAGAAAUCGCCACAGCUGUAUGUAACCGACCCGGAGCAGUCUAA